CCGAGAAGACAUGAAAAAUGUCUAGAUAACGGUUUCAGUUUUGCUUUUCUACAUCUAACUAGUCAUUUUGCUGUUUCCUCUGGUUCUAUAUAUUUGACUGCCAACUGUUAACCUUGAAGGGAGUUUAAACUUUAAACAAUCAAUUCAGUCCUGAGAUUUACAGCCUUUCUAGUUCUACCACUGCUGUUGCAGGAAUGAGGUGGUGGUUUUCAGUUGAACUGCAGCUAACCUGCCUGCAUGGAGUUAUUAAGGCCCUAAACAUAUUGGAAUAGGACAAUAAUUCCAAACCUUCUGAAUGUGUAAAUCCUAAAUAUCUCUGCAAUGCUGCAUGUUCGCAAUAGUCAGAUAAAACGUAGUGUAAUUUUACUAAAAUUUCGACGAUGAUUUUGAAGGAUGAGCUUAGCUUGAAGGUUUGCUUGUUCCCAAUCCCACCACAUCUCACCACACCAAAAAGUGUUCUCCCGAUGGUCUUCCUAUGCCUGCUUUUAGCUGAUAUAAUCAUGAAAAGUUUUCCCCCAUCCCAGACAAAACAUUCCAGGAAUAUUUUGCUGCCUUUUUUUUUUCUUUUCUGCGGAGAUAAGAAAGUAUCCCCUGAUAGAAUCGGAAUCUGGAAGAGAGUUGGUGAGAGCCAGCUAUGUGAAUUAAUGAUAAGAUGCCAUCAGAAUUGCUUCCAAUUUGAUCGAAUCACCUUCGCAAAAGUUGAAAGCUCCCAAGGAUAAGCAUAGUAUACCAUCUUCUGAAAAAGAAUCAGCCAUGAAUUGGAUGCAAUAGCGUGAUCAUGUAUGCAGCAGAAACCCACAGCUGAACCAUUGAAAAGAAACAUACAGACGUGCGUAGAUGAGGUAAAUCGAUUCGGUACAUGAAGAUAUGCAUCACGAAUGACUUCAAAAGAAUUGCGUUUAAGAAGAUUCUGUUCACCGUGAAAGGGGUAGUUAUUGAAAGGUUGAACUUUUUGGCUAGUAGACAGUGGGGAAUAGCUGAUCUUCAAAUGCCCUUUACUGGGAAAAUUCAUGAUUCUCAAUGUACAAUUUCUCAGAAAUUUCACAAUCAAAAACGGUGGAACAUUUGUUAGCAGAAGAUAAGAGCUCUCUUCAGGACUCUGUUUUUCGGGUGGAUCCGAUUCCUUUCCUUUAAAUUGUUUCCCUUCAAAGUGGAAAAAGGAAUAAGCUUCUUCUGCACAGUUUAAAAACUUUAUUUUAAUAUUCAACUGACCCUUUUUGUGCUCAUAAAUUCAAAUCUUAUCUCUCAGUUACUCAUUGCGGUUCUAAAGCCAACUUCUUAAGCCUGUGCUGGUCACCUUAAUUUGGCAACACUUUGCUCCUUGGUUGAGAAAUGAGUCUUGAGGACGAUAAGAAACCGAUGUCAGUUGGGCCAUGGGGAGGCCAAGGCGGGUCUUCUUGGGAUGAUGGAGUAUACUCCACAGUAAGGCAACUGGUGAUAGCUCAUGGAUCGGGCAUUGACUCUAUCCAGAUUGAGUAUGAUAAUAAAGGGAACUCUAUUUGGUCAAAGAAGCAUGGGGGAGUUGGAGGAUCUAAGACAGAUAAGGUCAAACUUGAUUACCCAGAUGAGUUUCUUACUUCAGUUCAUGGAUACUAUGGUAGCCUACAUGAACGAGGACCGAUUCUUGUUCGAUCGCUCACUUUCCAUAGCAACAGGAAAGCAUAUGGACCCUAUGGUAUUGAACAAGGAACUAGUUUUUCAAUGACCAGGGGCAAGAUUGUUGGAUUUCAUGGCAGGUGUGGAUACUUUUUGGAUGCAGUCGGAGUCCAUUCAAAGCCUUUCUCAAAAGUGAACCCCUCAAAGAGUAUCGUUCAUGCCCAAAGUUUUGUUGCGGAUGGGAAUGAGAAAGUUGGCUACUCAUUGAUACAAGGAAGUGUUGGAGAGAAGUACGAUAUAGUUCUUGCUGUAAGACAGAGGGAUGCAUAUGGGAAUCCCCUGCCAAGGCAGCUCUCAAGGGAAUCUUCUAGUAGCUCUGAUGAUUCAAGUGAUGUAGAAACCAGAAGCAAGGUAAGAAAGAAAUCUACUCCUUGUUUUCCCUUCUAUAUGCGCGAUAUUAAUUUCUUCAUGUUUGUUGCAUUGUUCAAGGUUUCAUUUCAGACUCCUGAGAAGGUGCCUUCAAAACUAGCAGAAGGUGUGAUAUCUUAUGGACCCUGGGGUGGCAAUGGUGGAGCCAAGUUUGAUGAUGGAACCUACACCGGUAUAAGGCAAAUUACUUUAUCACGCAACAUUGGAAUUGUGUGGAUAAAGGCUUGCUAUGAUCGUGAUGGGCAAGCAGUAUGGGGAAGCAAACACGGAGGCACUGGAGGAUUCAAAACUGACAGGAUAAUCUUUGAUUAUCCAUCAGAAAUUCUGACACACAUCACAGGAACCUUCGGGCCUUUAAUGUACAUGGGGCCAAAUGUGAUUAAGUCACUUUCAUUCCACAGCAACAAAGGAAAGCAUGGGCCAUAUGGAGAUGAACAAGGACCCUCUUUCACGAACAAAAUGAAUGAAGGCAGGAUCAUUGGAUUCCAUGGCAGAGAGGGUUUAUUCCUGGAUGCUGUUGGUGUAUACGUAAUGGAAGGGAAAGUACCACCUCCAAGGCCAUCUAUUUCCCAAGCAAUCAUCCAAAGUGAAAGGUCUAUAGCUGAGAUAGACAAUUCUCCAUGGUCUAACAAACUGGUACUAGCAGGGAGAGGACCAGUUGAAGAGGUUGCUUGUGGUGUGGUAAAAGAACCAGCACCGUGCGGACCUGGUCCCUGGGGCGGGGAGGGAGGGAGACCAUGGGACGAUGGAGUAUUUUCAGGGAUUAAGCAAAUAUUUAUCACCAAAUCUGAAGCUAUUUGCUCAAUACAGAUCGAGUAUGAUCGAAAUGGACAAUCGGUUUGGUCUGUAAAACAUGGAGGUCAUGGAGGAACCACCACACAUCGGGUGAAAUUGGAUUCCCCGCACGAGGUACUCAUUUGCAUAUCUGGCUAUUAUGGCCCCAUAAACAAUGAAGAGAAGGCCAAAGUUGUCAGGUCAUUAACAUUUUAUAGCAGCAGAGGCAAGUAUGGUCCAUUUGGUGAGGAGAUUGGCACAUAUUUCACUUCAACCACGACAGAAGGGAAGGUGCUGGGAUUCCACGGCAGGAGCAGCUCUUACUUGGAUGCUAUCGGGGUCCAUAUGCAGCAUUGGCUAGGAAAUCAAAGAGCCUCAAGGAUGUCUCUCUUCAAAAUUUUCAGUUGAUUGGUGCUUUUCUGGUAUAGUAAUGAAGAUAAAAUUGGUACAUCAAUCGCUAUUUUGAUUCACAUUGGCUCUAGGAAUAACUCGCUCAAUCCAGUUCCAGGCUUAUUCUGGACCUGUUCGUUUGAGGCAUUGCUUGUACUCUCUAGUCUGAGUUGAUCAGAUAAAUGAUAAGAUAUGCUAAAUGUUUGUCAAA